AUUUUCAGGCACACUGAAGGAAUGCACAUUUAUGAUUGCUUCCAGCAUUUACCAUUCGCGUUCGAACAAGUUGCAACAGUGUUCUGGCAUCGAUAUCCGAAUAAAACCGCGAAGCACGUCAUAAGCGAAGAUUUCAUUGAAGUUGCCGUAGAUGGUGAUCAGAUAAGGACGAAAAAAUUGAUACUGAAGCAAACAGGAACAUUUUUGAAAACAGUUCCAAGAUGGAUGUCACGUUUGACUAACGUCAGGGUAGUUCCAACAAUUGAGGAAAGCAUAUUCGACCGAGGCAGGAGGACAUUAGUGACUUACACUAGAAAUAUCACGAUGUUAUCCAUCUGUAAAAUUCAUGAACGCUGUAUUUACAAACCGAAUUUCAAAAACGGCAUGCCGGAAACGAUUGUGGAACGUGGUGGUUUAGUGUCGACUUCAUUUGGAAAGCUGAAUUCAGUAAUUGAGCAUAUUUUAAUGGCAAAUUUCAAAAAGAAUAUGAAGAAAACAGUAAUCGUCUAUACGGAAAAAUUGACGAAAAGGUUUGGUGAACCAGCACUGGCCAACCAUAGAACGAAUGAGCCGUAUCUUGUGAGGCAAAAGAUUAGUCGUUGUAAUUUUUCCACACAGGACUGA